AUAUUAAUAUCAUUGAAGAGACAAAAGAAAUGAGUAAUGAAUGCAUCAACGUUUACUUGCUACAGUAAGCCACGACCCAAAGCAAAAAAGAAGCUUGUACUAACACUAAGCUUGCUAUAUAAAUAUGCCUUCUAGGGUUAGGGUUUUCCAAUGGAAAAUAAUUACGACAUACUGUAGCUAACUGAGAAAUUUCUGCCGUACAUCUGCCAUCUCUCUUUUCAAACUAAAGAGAUGACAAAACGUCAAGUGAUUUUGAUGAAGGAUGACUUUUCAGGCGACGAUUCAACAAAUUCAUCAUUUACUAUUAGGACAGUGAGAUAUAGAGAGUGCCAAAAAAAUCAUGCAGCAAGUGUUGGCGGAUACGCGGUUGAUGGGUGUCGGGAGUUCAUGCCAUGUGGCGAGGAAGAAACUCCCGGCGCCCUUAUUUGUGCAGCCUGUGGCUGCCACCGUAAUUUUCAUCGACGGGAAGUGGAAACUGAAGUUGCUUGUGACUGUUCCUUUCCGACUUAAAAAA